AUGGACGAAGCACUCACAAAACCAAGAAACGGUACUCAUACCAUUUACAAGUUAUAUAGUUGGUUACAAAAUGGUAUGAUUGACUUGAAUCCUGAUUAUCAAAGAGAUAUAGUAUGGUCAGAUAAAAGGCAGUCAUACUUAAUUGAUUCCUUGUUUAAUAACUUUUAUGUCCCACCUGUAAUUUUCUCCUGUAAAAUGUUGGAUAGUAAAAGAAUAAUGCGUGUAUGUAUUGAUGGUAAACAACGUCUCACAUCAAUAAGAAAGUUCAUUGAUAAUGAAAUCCCCCAUCUUAAUCCUUCUGAUGGUUGUGCAAGUAAACGUUAUUAUAAAAAUCUCAAUAAUAAAUAUUAUUUAACAGAACCAGAACGUGAAAAGUUUGAAUGUACCGAGCUUUUUUGUGUUGAAUACUAUGAUCUUACUUUUCAACAAGAACAAGAAAUCUUCAGUCGUGUGCAACUGGGAGUUGCAUUGACCCCUGCAGAAAAGCUCCAAGCUAUUGGCAGUCCAUUAGCUGAUUUUGUUCAUGAAAUUCAUAAUCAAUAUUCAUCACUUUCUUUAAUAAUGGAUAAUAAGCGUGCUCAACCUUUUCAACUUAUUACACAAUCUUUACACAUGAUUGAAACUGAACCUGAAAAAUUUAAUGCCUCCCACACCAAUAUUUCUAAAUAUUUGAAAGAAGAUCGUGAAGUUCCUGAAAAUCUCAAGACAUUAUCCAGACAAGUUUAUUCAAUUAUUGAUAAGAUGAUCAAUGUCAAUGUUGAAUUAUUCUGGCAAGAUCAUAAAUUAUCUCCUGUGGAAUUUAUCUUCUUAACAUAUAUAAUUGCAAAAUUACCCAAGUUACCAAUUUUUCAAUAUCAAAGUUGUCUUUUAAAUAUGAAAAAAUAUGUUUGGGAUAGACAUGAUGAAGUCAGACUUAAUUCUAAAGUCUUUAACACAUUGAAAGAAUUUGUUGAUAAUAUGAAAUAUGAAUUUGCUUCAAAUCAAACUUCAUCAUCUAUUUAUGGUUCACAAUCUACUAAAGGAAAAAAGAGAGCAAGAAACACUAAUUAG